AUGUCGAGUCUAUUGAAUAAGUACCAGAACUCAAGAAGACCGCGUUAUGAGUCCCAGAAUGUGGAAAGGAUCUAUCCUUCAUUGUCAGGCUUAAAUGAAAGAGAUCAAACCAAAUAUCAAUCGUCAUACUCGGAUAGAUUUAGAGUCGACCAAACAACAAGGCAAUCUCCAAUUAGAGAGGACGCUUCAAACAACCAUGGGAAGUCGGACGCUUAUUAUCUGAAGAGAAACAACGAGAAUCCUUAUAAAAGCUCUACUGAGCAAGAUAGGACAUACAACAACAACAAGGAUCGCUACCUAGGUGGUGAUCCUUAUAAGUCAACACAAUUGCCAGAAUACAAUGGAAUCAAUAGAAAAUAUUCUACAUCUUUCAAGAAGGAAAGUCCUACAACUACUCGCAGAUUGGCAGACGACAGGGAUAUGGAUUCAACAAAAUAUAAUACAGAGCUAAAUCGAAUUCGAGAUAUAUCCGACAAAUACAUUUCUAAGACCACAGAUCAUCAUUUACGUUCACCGAUCAAAUCAUUGAGGACACCAAUCUCUGGCGUCCGAAGACUGAAGAGUUCGCUUUACAAAGUAUUAGACUCACCUGCAGGAUCAAGUACAUCUCACAGAGUAUCCAAGGUUCCAAGGAAAUCAACACAGAGACAGAGUGGAAUUUUAUCCCGUUUGGUUAACUACUUUACCCAUGAUGAAAUUGAUGAGAUCGAUGCCCUAAAGAAAUCUGCUAAGGAUGUUCUCCGUUUAGACCCAAUAACCGAAAAGAAGGUUUCGUUCCAUUCUGAUAUUGACGAUUCAUCAAGAAGAAAGAAAUUCGGGUUAAAUUUUGAAGACGAUCCAGUUGAUGACACAAUUAGAUCUAGGAAGAUCUAUGAACAGCGGAAUAUUGAAGUUGAAAGAUACAGAGAACGUGAGGAGGACUAUAAGCAACGCAUUCUGUCCUUAGAAACUGACCUAUUGAGAGCGCAGGAGCGUGAAGAAAGGAUCGCUCGUGAUUUAGGUAGCUUGCAACGAGAAAAUGAAGAGACAGUAAUACAAUUACGAAGAGAUAUAGCUCAUCUUGAAGAGUUACGUGCAUCUAUGGUAUCUAGGCAGGAGCUACUCAAUGCAAAAGAGCAAAUAAGUCAAUUACGAGAAAGAAACAAACAGCUUCUUGCAGAAAAUAAUUCCAGAGUUCCUGCAGAAGAACUAGCUAAAGCAGAAGAACAGAUAUCUCAAUUGCGGGAAAGAAACAACCAGCUAAUUAUAGAGGGUAAGUCUAAAGUUCCACGAGAAGACCUAUUCAGAGCAAAAGACGAGAAUUCUCAAUUGAGAGCAAGAAUAGAUAAACUUAAAGUUGAGGUAGAAUCCAAGGUAUCAAGAGAAGAGAUGCUUAGCGCAAAGGAACAGUUAUUGAUCAGGAAUAAGGAAUUGGAUGAUUUGAAUUUUGAAUUGAAGAAUAGUUUGGAAGAAUGCAGAAAAGACUUGCAGUCCCAGAUUGAAAAAAAUAAGCUUCUAAAUACUGAAAUGAAUAUGCGGGAAAAGUUACGACUUGCUUCUGAAGAGUUGGAACAAGACCGAAAUUUAUUGUUUAACGAAUCUGCCCAAAUUUCUAGAAAACUACAAACUUUGCAGAAUGAAUUUAAAAGUAUAAAGCAGAGCAAAUCACUUCCCAAUAUUGAAGACAAAUCACAGAAUAAAUACCAAAAAACCGAGAAAAAUAUUGAGACAGCCAUAGAUGAUUUAAAUGAAUAUACCAAAGCCCUUUCUCGCAAGGAUUUAACAGCUUAUGAGACCUUCUAUAGCGAUGUUAAGAAGUUCUUGGACGAUUCAAAAUCGGAACUCCGCAAAGCGAUUGGGGCUUCAAUUCUUAUGCUGGAAAACAAUGACGAAAUCAAGAGAUAUUACCUGAGUCUCUUUUCCAACCUUUAUACUUUGAGAAGGUUAUGCGAUCUUUCAUACCUGCUGCUCAGACUCAAGGCUCUCAUCAGCACUUGCAAAGUCUUGGAGUCAUUUAAAACUUCCGAAGUAGACGUUGCAGAUAUUUACCAAAGGUUGGCUUUAGAAACUUUAAAUUAA